AGAUGUUGUUACCGUUUGACAUAGGUAAUUGACGAUAGUGUUCGUAAAGAAGAAUAAAGUUAUUUAAUUUAGUUAUAUUACGUUAUAAUUUAUCUUUAAAGACAAAAAGGUAAUUUGUGUGUUUAAAUCUGUUAAACAGUAGUGAAGUGAAGAUGGUUGCCAUAACUGAAGAUGUUCGGAAUCUCUUCAAUGAGGUUCUGCAAGAAAUAUCACAAAAUAUAUACCAUAUGAUGGAAGAGUUGUGGACCAAUUGGUCACAUUUGGGAGUUGAUAAUGCAAUUAAAAUCAGCAAUAUCACUAAACUAGUGCAAAUAGAAAAGGAUCUUCAUCGUGAAGUUAUCUUGGAGACUCAGCAAAAAUUCAAAACUAUGCAGAGUCAAAUUGAUAAACUAAAAGAAGAAACUGAGGAACUCAGUAGAUGUCUUUCAGUAGAUAUAACAAUAAUGGACUUUAAAGAGGAUAUGUUGUUGUUUGAUUAUAAGAAAGAACUUGAAAACCAAAUUGCUGGGUAUAGGGAACAAGUACUUCAACGGCGAAUGAAAAUGGAGAGACUGCUUGAGUGGCAGAAGGAUAUUGGAGAGAAGCUCGGCACUACUAUCUAUGAGCUUCAAGAUGUACCAUUACCAUCUGAAGAGGAAUUGGAUAAAUUAAAAAAUCACCUGGAGGUGCUACAGGCAGAACGGGAUAAAAGGGUAGAAAUAUUCUUGAAUACCCAAGUGGAAAUAAAGGACAUUAUGGAAAAGUUACAUAUAAAACCACAAAAUAAAUUUGAACAAUUAGUGGUGUCAUCAUUGUCGGUGGACUUUAAGGUUACAGACCUUAACAUGGACAGACUUGCCAAGUUGCAACAGGAUCUACAGGAUAAAUAUCAACAGACAAAUAAUAGGGUGUUAGAGUUGCGGGAACGUUUAGCAAAACUUUGGGAUUGUCUGGAAGAGGAUCAUAUAUACAGAGAGAAUUUCUUACAAGCACACAUUGGUUGCAACCCUGAUACUGAGAAUGCUUUAAAGGAGGAGAUUAGGAGGUGCGAUCAAAUUAAAAGGCAGAAAAUACAGGUAUUUGUGGCAAAUGUAAGGACUAAAAUUAAGCUGAUGUGGGACAAUUUAAUGUACUCGACGAAAGAACGCGAGGAAUUCGUUCAUUACUACCAGGACACAUUCACUGAAGAUGUUCUCACUUUACAUGAGUUAUAUUUGGAAAAACUCACCAAACACUAUAAUGAACAAAGGGAAAUCUUUGAUUUGGUGGCGACGCGCAAGAAUCUGUGGUGUAAGAUGACGGAGCUGGAGGCGCGCGCCACUGAGCCAGGCAGAUACCACAACCGCGGAGGACAGCUGCUCAAGGAGGAGAAGGAGAGGAAAGCUAUCGCCAGCAAUCUUCCUAAAAUAGAGGCUCAAAUACGGGAGUUGGUUACGGCUUAUCAAGAUAGAACUGGCAAUAUAUUUACAGUGGACGGCAAACCACUACUUCAGCUGAUGCUGGACGAUUGGGAAGACAGGAAAGCAGAGCGUCACAACAAGCUGUCAGCGCGCAAGCAGGCGCUGACUCCGUCCACUCCGUCCAUGUUCCGUUCACUGGCCACCUCACCGCUCGGGAAACGCAACCGCACCGCCGCCGGACUCGCAUCCACUGCUGAGAAGAACAGGUUGCCUGUAAAGCGUCAGUUGGUAACCGGUAGUGCUAACAAGGCGGUCUCGAACGCACACAACAUGUCUGCCCUGAAGAGAACUGCUAUGUCCACUAUUAAAAGGCGUAUAAGCGGUCGCUUGGUCGCCAAAGCUGGCGGAGAUGCGAAGGCAAAUCAAGUGAAGAGAAUGCUUGACUACGGCGUCGACUCCAAGACACCGAGAAUUGCAGUCAACAGUAAUAUACUUAAACACAAGCGAACGUCACAUGGCCGCCGCAGCAAUGGAGGACGUUCUAACAUCAGCUUGCAGGAGGAAGACAACACUCUGAACAAAGUCAAGAACCCACUUUCUGAAACUACACUUCUCACUACAUAUACAGAUUUCAAGGAAUGCAUUGAUGAGAACAAAAUCAGUCGUAGCUCAAUGGCUGUUAGAGAUCAAGAUCAAGUAUCCAACGUACGUAUCGAAGUAUUUGAUACCCCAAAAAGAACUCCUCGAAGGAUUGUACAAACUCCUAAGAUGGAGAAAGAAAACAUCUACCAUCAUAAUAAAGUUCCCAACAUAAUGUGUACACCGCAACGACUGACCAGAUCAAAAUCCAUCUCGAAGUUAAACAACGAUGGCUUUGCAACACCUCAGCCUUUGAGUGCUAAGAAAGAUUACCUCAGACAAAACCCUGUCACACCUCUUUCAGUUAAAAACACACCCAAUAAUGUGAGAAGGUCAAAGUCACAGACGCAUAUGGCCAGAGCGAAAGAUCUUCCUCCGUUACUGUAAACUAUGGCUGGACCAUUUCUAUAAGUGUUUGACUAAAAUAAUAAAGCACUGAAAUACAAAGGAAAUGUUGGAUAUUUUCACAAGUUACUGAAAAAUAUUAUAAAAUUUUAAUGUCCAUUGAAGUUUCUACACUCUACAUAUUUUAUUUCUACAGUGUGAGGUACUUUCUUGU